ACCAUGGCGACAUCAUCGCAGCUGGCUACGUGGAUAACUUCGCCACCGUCUCACUCAGUCCAGAAGUUGCCACCGCUUCGUGCCAGGCCAUUCGAGACGUGCUGGUUGCGAGGGGCUUACCUGUAGAAGAGUUCGCCCCCGCGGCGCAGCGCGUCACCUUCACUGGCCUCGACAUCCUGGGCGACGUCGGCGUCAUCAGGUGCAAGGUGGACCGGUUGUCUCGGUUGCGCCAGGCCCUACUUGGGCUACUCAGACGUGGCUUCGCAUCUCCGCUUGCGUUGUCCGCCGUGGUCGGGCACUGCACCUGGGGGAUGAUCACCAACAGGCCCAUGCUCUCCAUCUUCCACGCAGUCUACCGCUUCAUGGGUCAGGACUCGCGUCGGGCUUUGCCGCUGUGGCCGUCAGUCGUCUCUGAGCUCCGUGCCGCUGCUUCCCUCAUCCCGUUGUGGUGGGCUGAUGUCAGGGCAGAGUGGGCGGCCGCCACCUUUUGCAGCGACGCCUCUCCAUACGGCAUUUGCGUGUGUCGCAAGUUCGUGGAACAAGAGGUCGUUGCUGCCGCAGGUCGACUGUCUGAGAAAUGGCGCUACCGCUUCUCCGAUGCCGUGCACGCCCGCGCCCACGCUCUGGGAGUCGACCCGAACGUCGUGUUGGAAGCUGCCGUGAGCAAAAGAGGCCUCAAAGACUGCGAGCAGUGCCCGAGGGUCGUUCUGGUGCCCGAGGGCUUCGCGAUCCACUACGACGCCUCUGUGCUCUGUCCGCAGCUUCCGGCAUUCGCCACGCUGUGCGAUGGAUCCCUAGCGAGAGCAAUGCCGCAGACGCGCCGUCGAGGACAGGUUUCUUUGUCGGGCCGACCUUCGAGGAGCACCAAGCGGCUGCGCCCCGAGUUUCGGCGCCAGCGAGCCACGACCGUGACGGAGCAGAGGACCAAGACGCAUCCAGGACCACAACGGCUCGGGCGGGGUGCGCUCUCGGUCCUCGAGUCAGCUGCCGUGUCGGACACAACCAUGGCCAACUACUGGGGCGCCGCCAAGAAGUUCGAGGAGUGGUGCCGCUGGACGUCCCAGACCUUCACCACGGCGGCGGAGGUCGAUGUCAUCCUAGUUACCUACUUCGUGAACCUCUUUCUGGACGGCUUCGACAGUGCUACGGGCCGAGUCCUGCUCGCCUCCUUGAAGCACUACCUGCCUUCGAUCCUGGUGGGCAGGACGCCGUGCCCGCGUGCAGCUCGCGCCUUGACAGGCUGGCGGAAGCUCGUGCCCCCGCAGAUGCGACUACCCCUUCCACGGGCGGCGAUGGCCUCCAUCGUGGGCGUCCUCAUCUCGUGGAAGCUCUUCGGCAUGGCAGUGUUCGUCAGGCUGAUGUUCGACACCUACCUGAGGCCCAGCGAGGCCUAUCGGCUAACAGCGGGCAGCGUUAUUCGACCAAGACCCGAUGCCGCCCGCGGGUACGGACAUUGGGCCCUGAUCGUCAACGACGCCUGCCUCGAUCGUCCUGGGAAGACAGGGGAGAUGGACGAGAGCGCGAUCGUCGACAACCCGACGCUCUGGCCCCUUCUCGACGCGCUGGUGCUGGGCAAGAAGACGAGCGACGGCCUCUGGACCUUCGCCCCCGACGAGGUGCGGAGCAUGUUCCGUCGUGCUGCCGCUGCGCUCGGGUUGGAGGCCGAGAUGACGCUCUACUCCCUUCGGCAUGGGGGUGCGUCCGACGACCUCCUGUCUCUCCGACGCACCAGGAAGGAGGUCAAGGACCGCGGCCGAUGGAGGACGGACCAGAGCCUCCUCCGCUAUGCCAAGAGGGCUCGUAUGCAGCAGCGGAUCGCCACCCUAGGCCAGAACUUGAUCGACUUCGGGCACGCGGUCGACUCGCAGAUGAACGAUCUCAUUCUGCAGACCACCUCCUCAGGCGUCUUCCCGCUGCAAGUGCCGCUUGCCGUGACGCCGACACCGCCAGCGGUCAGGUACUCGCCCGCCCUAGUAAUUGGCGGCGACGGCGGCGCGGCUCGCGCUCUGCAGCGCCUCGGCUUUGGCGUGCUGCACUUGAAAGUGAGACGCCAUGUGACCGAUGACAUCACAGAUCCUUUAGUGAUGAAGCGCGUGCUCGGAUGGAUUCGUGCAG